AUGGCUGCAUUCCGGGAGACGGCGCCAUUUGGCAUCUAUGAUCAGCUCAUGGUUGAGCUCAGACGUGAAGAUCCUGGAACAUUUAAGAAAUUCCUCCGCAUGCCUACUGAAAUGUACGAUACAAUGUUGGGAAGUACUGAAGAACUCUUUGUUCAGGAGACCUCACAGGAUGUCUUUCGAAAUCCUGAGGAGGAGGAUGACCCCCUUUUAGAGCUCUUACAGACUCAAAGCAGCCCGGAAGCAAGCGAGGCGACUGAUCGGGAUAGACCACAGCAAGACACUGCCACUAGAACCAGGAAACCAAGGAUUAAGUGGCCCAAGGCUUCAGACAAGACAUCAUGGACCCAAAUGGACGAGGACCUAGAGAACAUCCUCGAAGAAUCCAUGCAAGGACCAGUAGACCGGAAGCUGAACACCCUCACAAUCUUGAUAUAUUCAGUAGGAAAGGAGAGGUUUGGACUAGAAGAGGAGAAAGUGCGAAAGGAACCUCAGAGACCAAACAGGCGGCCAGUUCGUAUCCAGAACUUGAGACGUGAACUCAAGCAGCUGAGACGAAGGUACUGUGCUAGUUCACCCACUGAGAGGAUUGGACUUGCACAGCUUAGAGAUACAGUUCGGACACAGCUGACAUCAUUACGGAAAGCCGAAAACAGCAGAAGAAAGACACAGGAACGGGCAAAGAAGGGGGCAGCUUUCACAGCCAACCCAUACAAGUUCGCAAGAUCCCUCCUCGACAAAGAAAGGUCAGGAAAGUUGGAAACUCCACUAGGGGAAAUAGAGAACUUCCUUCAUGUUACCCAUUCUGACCCCAAUCGAGAAGACGUGCUAGGGGACUGUGACAGAAUAGAGCCAGCGGAGAAACCCGAAAAACAGCUUAAUGCAACGGAACCUACGCUUGGUGAGGUGAAAGAAGCUGUGAAAAAGGCCAGAGCUGCUUCGGCGCCAGGACCCAAUGCCAUCCCAUACAAAGUGUACAAGAUGUGCCCACUACUCCUCAAGCGUUUAUGGAGGCUCCUCAAAGAAGUCUGGAGGAAGGGUGAUGUACCAGAGGCUUGGAAGGAGGCCGAGGGGAUAUUUACACCGAAGGAACGCAAUUCCAAGACGGUCAACCAGUUCCGAACGAUUCUCGUCGCUCAACGUCGAGGGAAAAAUAUUCCUUGCCAUCCUUGCAGAAGACUCACAUCUUUCCUGACAGGCAACGCAUACAUCAACACCUCUGUCCAGAAGGGAGAAGUUCCCGGUUUUUCCGGCUGCAUAGAGCACACCAGUGCUAUCAAACAGCUAAUAAGUGAGGCGAAGAAAGGGAGGAAGGAUCUCACUGUAGUUUGGCUCGACUUGGCCAACGCAUACGGGUCCAUUCCACACCAGCUCAUCUAUAAAGCCCUCCGACACUACCAUGUGAACGGCCACAUUCAGAAAAUCAUCACCAGUUACCUGGAUGGAAUCAGGCUCCGGUUUACUGUUGGUGACCAGCUAACCAGAUGGCAGAAGUUGGAGAUGGGAAUCGUUACCGACUGCACAGUUUCCGUGGUGCUCUUCAUCAUGGGGAUUAACCUGAUGAUAAAUGCUGCCCAACGUGAGACACGUUGA